GCACAGUGACUGGCACACCAACUUGAGGCGUCACCCAUUCCGUAUCAAAAACAAAAUCAGAGACUGAAACAAGAUCCAGGCUCCAACAAAAUGGACAAUUUCCAAGUAUUUGAAAAGCUUCAAACAGCUGUGGCGAGGAAGAAAAGUUUCACAGUCCAGGGUGAGGCAAAUGCAUGAAAACAAGCUCUUCUAUAACAAAACGGAACGGAUACUUUUGCAAAGCCAGCAGGGAACGAGCAAUACUGGUCAGGGAUCCAGGACCGGCUCCCUAUGUGAAAUUAUGUUUGAAGAAAACCCGACUUCAAGAUAUUUAACCAGGUCUACCUGCCCAGAAGAGUCCCAAGAAACUAACACAGUCACUUCCAAUGUUUUGGGGCUACAGGAAAACUUGGGACGUGGCCCAGGAGACAAUAGCAGUGAAGCAUCUCCUACUGCCAAUGACUUCUCAGCAAAUUCAACUUCAGUGCAACACCAUCUUGUCAGCCUAAAGAAGCAGACGUCCAGGCAGAAGGCAGAGUAUGAAGCUAAAAUUACAAGCCUGGAGCAGCGGAACAAAGAGCUGCAAUCGGAGAUUAAGGGUCUGCAUUCAAAACUGGGUCAGCAACGGAAGUGGUAUAGUCUGGUGGAGAUUAAAAUGCGAAAUGCAGAGAGGGCACGGGAAGAUGCAGAAAGAAGAAAUGAAAUGCUCCAGAGGGAAAUGGAAGAGUUUUUUGAUACCUUUGGGGAAUUAACAAAUGAUGUGAAGAAGACAGAGCGAAAACUGUUCAAAGUUUUUAAAUCAAUUAACUAGACCAGUUUGCAAAAAAGAGUUGAUAUUUGAUUAAAUGGUUACUGUCAUUUCAAUGCAGAAAUUAGAUUCCUAACCGCAAAAUAAGCUUAAUAGUACAAACUAAUCUUCGUUAAACUUUUAAUACAAAUAGGGAAUAAAAUUGCAGUAUUUAAUAAACCAAGUUAGCAAUGCCUACUAUUCAUUUUCAACAAUGUAAAUCACAUUUUGAAAGUUAUAUGUUAAACAAUAUCAUUUUUUUGCCCGCUCACAUAAAAAUCUUGUAUUUGUUCAAGACAAUCCAAAAACUGCAAUGAGAACAGUACACUAAU